AUGAGUGUUCGUGAUCCUACCACUCCCUUCAUCUUCGCAAUCUGCUCUUUGUACCACUCGAGAUUCAAUGGGAGCAUGCUAACUAUUGCUUUGCAGUUCCAACCAGUAAACCCGAGGCCUUUCUUGCAAGCCAGAGUCGGCACCGAGCUUAUUAUCCGCCUUAAAUGGGGCCAGACAGAGUACAAGGGCACGUUGGAGAGCAUUGAUUCGUACAUGAAUGUGCUAUUGAGAGAUACGGAGGAAUUCAUCGAUGGCAAGAAUACAGGGACUCUCGGUCUUGUGCUAAUAAGGUGUAAUAAUAUCCUUUGGAUGGGGUCAGCGGAUAGUGUUGAAAUGACGGAUCUGGGGCUCAAAUAG